CUUCUUGCUGAGCGUCAGUCGACCACCGGGAGCUAAAACCCUUGCUCUCUGUGCUCUUAUCCGGCAGAUCAUCAAACGACCUUAAACCCCACGAGAAAAUGCUCGAAACAGCUUCUUCUCUCUGUCGACGCCAUCUCGUUUCUCUCUCGAGACCCCAACACUCUCGCCACCUUCUCCCUCCCUCGCUCUCGCCAUUUCCAUUCCUCGCUCGCCCCUUCUCUCGCUCCUGGACGCGCAACGACGACGACGGCGGCGGCGGCGGCGGCGGCGACGUCGAGUCGCUGAUCAACAGGGACCCGAGGAGCCCGCCCCGUCUCUUCGUGGUCCAGCCGAGGCUCCGACCCGACGCCCUCCUGCGGGCGAAGCUGAACGAAGCUCUCUGCCUCGCGAACUCCCUCGAAGACCAGCGCGAUGGGUUCUUCGCGACCGACUUCUUCGACAAGGCCUUGCCUCCUCACGCCGUCGUUCAGAAUCCUCUCAUCCGAUCCCACAGGGCUCGCGCAGACAUGUAUUUUGGACCCGGGACUGUGGAAAAUAUUAAAAUCCAUUUGAACGAAGCAGAGACCAAGGGAGAGGUUGAUGCUGUUUUUGUCAACACAAUCUUGUCUGGAAUUCAGUUGAGGAAUUUGGAGAGGCACUGGGGUAAACCAGUACUAGACCGUGUGGGUCUAAUCAUAGAGAUCUUUAAUGCUCAUGCGUUCACAAAGGAGGCCAAGCUACAGGCUCAACUGGCGGCCCUAAUGUACAAGAAAACUAGGCUUGUUCGGGUUCGUGGGCUUGAUGGAAGACUUGCAUUUGGAGUAGGAGGUGAAGCUGAAGUUGUUAGUGCUCGAGGGAGAGGAAGUGGGGGACGUGGUUUUCUUAGUGGUGCUGGAGAAAGUGAGCUGCAUCUCCAAAGGAGAAGAAUUUCAGAACGUUGGCGUGUUUUGGAAUCCCAAAUUGAAGAGGUCCGGCGAACAAGAGCUUCGCAAAGGGCUGGUCGGAAGAGGCAUAAAGACUCACAUGAGUGUGGUUUAGCAACUGUCGCUAUUGUUGGCUACACAAAUGCUGGAAAAUCAACUUUAGUUGGAGCACUUUCUGAUACUGAUCUUUAUAGCGAUGAUAGGUUGUUUGCAACUUUGGAUCCUCGACUAAGAAGUGUUAUUCUUCCUUCUGGGAGGAAAGUGCUCCUUAGUGAUACGGUGGGGUUUAUAUCAGAUCUGCCUGUGCAGUUGGUGAAAGCUUUUCAUGCAACUCUUGAAGAAGUGAUUGAAGCUGACCUUCUCGUGCAUGUACUAGAUUCCAGUGCCCCAAAUUUGGAUGAGCAUCGUUCUUCAGUGUUGCUAGUUCUUGAACAAAUAGGUGUAUCUGGGGAAAAACUUGAGAAUAUGAUUGAAGUUUGGAAUAAGAUUGAUCUUCAAGAAGAUGAUGGUAGUCAUUUUCAUGCUGAUGUUGCUGAUGAAGCCACAUGUACAGAGCUAAUCGAUGAGGACGUCAUCUCUGAUGGUGGGGAUGAUUGUGGUGAAGGUGGUGAAUCUAUCGCUGACCUUUCUGAAGGCGAGCUUGAAGAGACAAUUGAGAGUGAACAAGACGAGUAUUCUGAUACUUGGCUAUCGCAGGAAGAUGAUACAAAAUGGGGUUCAUCGAUCUGCGGGGACACUUCAAAUAAUGAAUCAAAUGCUUCCUUGGGAGAAUGGAGGACAGGGAAAGUUUCUGAUUCUGGUCAGAUCGGUCCACAUGUCAAAACAUCUGCUAUGACGGGAGUUGGCUUGCAGGAGUUGCUAGAGCUCAUUGAUGAGAAGCUGGAAGUACAGAGUGACAGAUUGAAGAAGGAGAAUGUGGUCGAGAGGAGUAUCUUUUACUCGAAGUGGAGGCCGCCUCGUAUGGAGGAGGAUGCUCGUGUGGCCAUUGAACAGUAGCGUCUCAAUCGGCGAAGUUGCUUGUAUCGAGUACCGUUUGGGGUGGUGAAGAGGCACAGAGUCGGUGUUCCACGAUUCUUCUCAAGCAAUCCUCUUGGCCACCGAAGUUCGAGGGAGCUGUACCGAUUGAAGAUGUGGUUUCCAAAGAACGUGAAAUUCUUCAUGCUGAUCUGUCUCAUGAAUCCCAACAGAUCAUGCUUUUGCCUUGUGCCUU